UACAUUGUGUACAUGGGGGCACUUCAAGAUAAGUUCUACUCACCAACGGGUCAUCAUCAAAGUAUACUACAAAGUGUUCUUGAGGGCAGUUCUGUUUCGAAUUCAUUAGUGCGAAGUUACAAGAGGAGUUUCAAUGGAUUUGCAGCAAAACUUAAUGAAAGAGAGAGACUGAAGCUUGUCAGUAUGGAUGGAAUUGUCUCUGUCUUCCCAAAUAAAAUAUACAAAACUCAAACAACAAGAUCUUGGGAUUUCAUGGGCCUAAGUGAGACAAUAAAGCGAAAUCCCACUGUGGAGAGUGACACUAUAAUUGGCGUUAUUGACACUGGAAUUUGGCCUGAAUCAGAGAGCUUUAGUGAUGAAGGCUUUGGUCCUCCUCCUAAGAAAUGGAAGGGUGCUUGCAAUGGAGGAGAAAAUUUCACCUGCAAUAAUAAGGUUAUUGGAGCUCGGUACUACAAUAAUUCAUUCUUUAUACAAGAUAUAAAUUCUUCAAGGGACGAUGUGGGUCAUGGAAGUCAUACAGCAUCAACAGCCGGUGGGAACAUUGUAAGGGAUGCAAGCUUUUAUGGCAUAGCAAAAGGCAGCGCAAGGGGAGGAGUUCCUUCAGCUAGGAUUGCUGCAUAUAAAGUGUGCAACGCUAAUGGGUGUGCUGGAGAAGCUAUCAUGGCUGCUUUUGAUGACGCUAUUGCUGAUGGUGUUGACAUUAUUACCUUAUCUCUUGGACUAGGCGCUCCUUUUGCCUUAGACCAUGAUGUCAUAGCCAUUUGCGCUUUCCAUGCGAUGGAGAAAGGGAUAUUGACUGCGCACUCAGCAGGAAACAGUGGCCCUACCCUUGGAUCUGUGUCAAGUGUAGCACCAUGGGUGAUGACAGUAGCUGCAAGUUCCACUGAUAGACAAAUCUUAGACAAGCUGGUUCUUGGCAAUGGGGCCACCAUAAUUGGGCAUUCAGUAAACUCUUUUACAUUGAACGGAACAACAUUUCCUCUAGGAUAUGGAAAAGAUGUAAAAAAUGCUUCAGGUUUCUGCUCAGAUAUGCUGGCGGAGAUUUGUGACUUUGAGUGUCUAGACAGUGAUUUAGUGAAGGGAAAGAUCGUAGUCUGUGAUUUUACAAUUGGAAGUGCAAGUGGAAGCAGUGAAGCCUUGAGAGCUGGUGCACUUGGUACAAUUUUACCUGUUACGAUGAAUGAUGUUUCAUUUGUUGUCCCACUCCCUGUAUCACACUUGAUCCAGGAAGACUAUAAUUCUGUCCUCUCCUACCUAAAUUCUACAAAAGAUCCUCAAGCAACAAUAUUGAAAAGUGAAGAUGUGAAAGAUUCUAGAGCUCCUAGAGUUGCAUCAUUUUCUUCACGUGGGCCAAAUUUGAUUACACCGGAUAUUGUGAAGCCGGAUAUAAGUGCUCCUGGUGUAGAUAUAUUGGCAGCAUAUUCAUAUGAAGUCUCACCUUCAGAUAACACUAAUGACAAGAGGCGUGUAAAGUACAACAUCAUAUCUGGAACCUCCAUGGCUUGCCCCCACGUUGCUGGAGCAGCUGCCUAUGUCAAAACAUUUCACCCUCACUGGUCUCCUUCUGCCAUUAAAUCUUCUCUUAUGACUACAGCUUGGUUAAUGAACCACACCAAAACUUCCAAUGGAGAAUUUGACUAUGGUUCUGGGCAUAUCAACCCUACACAAGCUAUAAAUCCUGGCCUUGUGUUUGAAACCAAACAAGAGGACUACAUAACUUUUCUCUGCAACAGUGGCUAUGAUGAGAAGAAAGUUAGGCUUAUAUCAGGAGAUAAUAGCACUAUUUGCCCCAAAGUCAAAGGAUCAACAUUGGAUCUCAAUUACCCUUCUAUGAGUGCUAAAGUUGCACCAAACCAACCAUUUAAGAUUGAGUUUAACAGGAGAGUUAAGAAUGUUGGUCAUGCAAACUCCACUUAUAAACCUCAAAUCUUCUCACCAUCACCAUCUCUAAUCGAUAUCAAAGUAGAUCCUGAAGAGCUUUCUUUUAAGUCACUGAAUGAGGAACAGGUGUUUGGUGUGCUUGUAAGUGGAAGUGGUUUAUCAAGCAAUUCUACAGUGUCGGCAUCAGUGGUGUGGUCUGAUGGCACUCAUUAUGUUAGGAGUCCAAUUGUCUUGCAUAACAUAGUUGUGGGUUAAAAUGUGACUCAGGUUUCUUGACUUCAUUUUGUUAUUAUAUUACAUCUAUUUAACAAUAAUUUCCUUUACAUUUCUUUCUUUGUCAUGAAUAAUGUAUCAGAUAUAAAGAUAAUAUUGUAAUGUGGCAAUAAUGUAUA